UUUACCGCAGGUAUCUCUCGCGCUGCACACUUUUUUUUUGGUCUAGAGGAGCUACUGCAACUCAAACUUUCUGUACGAACGCAGAUCCUUUCUCUCUCUCCAUCUGCUCGCUGAAGAAGCAAAUUAUCUCGGUUUAGAAGAUUGACGGUUUCACACUGUUGUACGGAACUUGUUACUUUGUAACACAGGAACCUUGGAAGAAGCAGCAACUUUUGUUGCAAAUUAUUGACACAGUUUUACAUUUGCAAAACAAAGGACCAUGACUCAAUUCAACAAGGGACCAGUGUACGGGUUGACUGCAGAAUUGAGAAGCAAGAUCGCAGGGAAGUAUGACCUGCAGAAGGAGGAGGAGCUCCGGUUUUGGAUUGAGGAAGUGACGGGCAUGCCCAUUGGAGAGAACUUCCAGAAGGGUCUUAAGGACGGAGUCAUCCUCUGCGAGCUGAUAAACAAACUGCAGCCUGGUUCCAUCAAGAAAAUCAACCACUCCAAACUCAACUGGCAUAAGCUGGAAAAUCUGGGGAAUUUCAUCCGAGCCAUUCUGAAGUUUGGCCUUUGUCCCAACGACAUCUUUGAGGCCAAUGACCUGUUUGAGAAUGGGAACAUGACCCAGGUCCAGAGCACACUGCUGUCCCUGGCUGGUGUGGCGAAAACCAAAGGUUCAAACUCCAACUGUGACCUCGGUGUGAAGUAUGCGGACAAGAGGACGCGCCAUUUCGACGAGGAGAAAAUGAAGGCUGGACAAUGUGUCAUUGGACUGCAGAUGGGGACAAAUAAAUGUGCCAGCCAGUCUGGUAUGACAGCAUACGGGACCAGGAGACACUUAUACGACCCAAAGUCACAGACGGACAAGCCCUAUGACCAGACUACCAUCAGUCUGCAGAUGGGAACCAACAAAGGAGCCAGCCAGGCUGGCAUGUCGGCGCCGGGUACCCGCCGUGACAUCUACGACCAGAAGUCGGCAGGACAGACAGCAGACAGCUCCACCAUCUCCCUGCAGAUGGGCACCAACAAGGUGGCUUCCCAGAAGGGAAUGAGCAGCUACGGCCUGGGCAGGCAGAUCUACGACCCCAAGUACUGCACCUCCUCCACGGAGCCCACCUCUCCCGUUACCCUCGGCAACAAUGCCGGUAGCCAUGGCAAUGGGAGCCUAGGAACGGGAACCAAUGGAUCGGAGAUUAGUGACAGCGACUACCAGGCGGAGUACCAGUAUCACCAUGACGACGAAGAGGAGUACCGGGGUGGGUACCAACAGCAGUACAGCGGGCACUAUGACGAGGACCAGGGCAUCGACUAUUAGACUGACUGUGUGUCAAAUGGCACCCUAUUCCCCUCUACAGGGUGUCAUUUUAUAUUUUCCUGUUAGACUCUGUGGGCCCCAUUUUGGCAGCUAAAAAAUGUGCGCUUGUUUUGACAACAGCGCUUUUUUUUUGCGUUGUCAAAAAGUCACCCUGUGUAGUAGUAGUCCCAGUUGACAUAAGUGUAACACAAUGUGUCUGGGAAUAUGUGACGUUAUAGUGGCCUUCUACCGGAAUUGGAGUGGAGAAACAUGUCCAAGUACCUUUAUGGAUCAUAUGAACCAUAGGCCUAUAUAUUUAGUUUGAUACAGUUUUGUGGGACCACUUAUGAUGACGUUUUUUAAACUGAUGCAAAUUGUGUUACUCUAGUAUUACUGUAAUAUAAAGAGUGUUGAGAGAGAGUGAUUUUGUUAUCAACAGAGCAAGAAUUUUACUAUCCUUGCUAGCUUUUUUAAAAACAAAUGUUUUUUGUCCUAUACAGUUGAAGUCAGAAGUUUACAUACACUUUGGUUGGAGUCAUUAAAACUUGUUUUUCAACCA